AAGACUCACUCAUUACAAUUUACAUUUACCCUUGUUUUUCUGCACCUUUGGGUCAAGGGUUCCUCCCCAUAGACCAGAAACCAAUUAUGAUUUCGUAUGUUGGUCUGAAAUUGUGUAUGUGUGUUAUCACUUAAUCCAUGCUGAAGUGUUCACCUGCUUCACCGUAUCUAUGUUGACAUUGUGUAAAAGCGUCAUUGGUGCACUUUGAUGCUAUUGUGCUUUGCAGAUCGAAUGAUGAAUCAUUCACAGUUUGAAAAGUGCUGUGCUUUUGAAGCCCCUAUUUUGGAUCAAGUUCUUCCUCCUGUACUUAUACUGGAGUUCAUGGUUGGGCUUUUUGGAAAUGUUGUUGCUUUGUGGAUGUUCAUCUUUCACAUGGACACCUGGAGGCCCAACUCUGUGUACCUGACUCAUCUGGCUGUGGCUGACUCUAUCGUCCUCUUCUGCCUGCCUUUUAGAGCUGACUAUUACAGACGAGGGAAGAACUGGCUUUAUGGGGAUGUCCUGUGUCGUAUUCUGCUCUUUUUGUUGGCUGCAAAUCGAGCUGCAGGAAUCUUCUUCCUCACGGCUGUGGCUGUUGAUCGUUACUUCAAAAUUGUCCACCCACUGAAUCCAAUUAACCGAAUGGGCUUGGGCUAUGCUCUCUGGGUUUCUCUUGGUUUGUGGGCAUUGAUAUUUCUGGCUACUGGAUAUCUUCUUGCUGACGAGCACUUCUUUUACAAUAGCAAUCAUACACAAUGUGAAAGUUUUAAUAUUUGCAUGGGUUUCAGUCCCAUUUCUACCUGGCACAAUGCAUUUUAUGUCGUUCAGUUUUUCUUGCCUGCUGCAAUUGUUGCCUUCUGCACAAUUAGAAUAACUUGGCAACUAAGAAACAGGACUAUUGACAAACAGGGAAAAAUCAAGCGGGCCGUUCAGUUUGUCAUGGCUGUGGCUUUUAUUUUUAUAACUUGUUUUUUUCCCAGCACAAUAUCACGAAUUGCUGUUUGGGUCCUUAGAAUGUGGUAUGAUGAGUGUGUACAUUUUAAAGAAGCCAAUUUAGCAUUUUACACAUCUGUAUGUUUCACAUAUUUUAAUAGUGUCCUCAACCCUGUUGUAUACUACUUCUCUACACCAGCCUUUAGUGGUACUUUCAAAAAGGUUUUGUACAAAGUGCUGGGAAAGAAAGAAGUCAAAAAUGAAGUCAACUCAGUUGAAAUGAAUGUCUCCACCAGGAUGUAAUGUUCAUCACAAACACAGAAAAAUAAAGGCAAUAAUUUUGGGGACGCUUGGGGAAUAAUCAGUGU